AUGGAAUCACCUAUUCAAUUUUCUAAUUCUCCUAAAAAGGAAAUUUCUAAACGAAAAAAUUCACUUAGUAGUUUUACUUCAAAUUAUGAUUUUUCCCAGGAAAAUUUGGAUGAUAUUUCACAUUCAGUUAAUGUUUCUUUGAAUGAUGUUAAUUCAGUUUCAUUAAUUUUGUCUCCUAAAAAUAAAGAAUUACCUUCCUCCCCAUCAGAUUCUUUAAAAAACACACAAUAUCCCACACUUUCAAGCGAUAAACUUAGAAUUUUUUUACCUUCCAAUAUUUCACCUACUGAAAUACCUUUGCCUGAAAAUCCUAGUUCCGAAAACAAAGAUAAUUAUUUUCCUCUUACAUCCUCCAUAUCGAGUUCUUACGAUAUCGAAUCGAAACUCAUAGAAAGUCCAAAUUUUUUUUCAUCUGUUCAAAACGAUUUUGGAGAAAGUGUGGUUGAUGAAAACAAAUUAUUAGAUAGUUAUAAAUAUUCCCCAAGCAAAGUGGAAUCUGAUGAUGAUAAUCAAGAUUUUAAUGCACUGAAACCCAAAGUCUUGGGAAAAGAACAAGCGAAAAAAAGAUUAAUGGCAUUUUCAUUAACAAAGCAACCUAAUGUUGUUAAAAAACAAGUUAAGACUAAUAUACUAUUAAAAAAUAUUAAAGAAAAGCCGCCAAAUCCUAACAAAAGCUCUGGAGUUCAAGAACAGUUCAGAGCUACAAUAAGUGAAAUUGAAGAAGAAAAAAGGAAACUUUUGCAAAAUUUACCCAACUAUUAUAUUUCAAAAAUGAACGAGUUAGCCAAAGCCACAGAAUCAAUUGCCGUUUCGUCAGUUUCUAGCGAUAAAAAUUCAUUUAAAAAAGAUGACAGUGUUUCAAAUAAUUCAGGUGAACUUAGUGAUAAAGAUAAUGAAACAUAUAAAAAAAGUUCCAAGAGGAAAAGAAGUCGGACUAGGAGUCGAAGUAGAGGUAGAAGUCACAGGAGAAGUAGGAGUAGGAGUAGAAGUAAGCAAAAAAAGAAAAAUGAUAGUAGGAAAAAUAAAGAAUCUAGUAGGAGUAAAAAAGAGAAUCGAAAUAAAAGUAGGAGUCCAAGUCUUGGUGGAACUAUGGAAUCAAAUCAGGAUAAAAAGAAUUUAAAUACUUUACCGAAAAUAAAAAAAUUACCAGAUAAUUGGAAAAGUUUUAAAGAAUCAAAUUCUCCUUGUUCUAAAUAUGAUUUUAAACCAAUAUAUAAUUAUUUAAAAAAAGAACCUAAAAUGAUGUCACCUCUAAGGGCAAAACCUGCAAAUUACGGAACGGAUCCUCCUUAUUUCGAUGAAAAAAUAAUCAAAUAUACGAAAUCAAAACCAAUGUUAAUUUGGUCUGAAAAUCCUCGUCAUGCUUCUCAAUUUUACAUGCCACGAACUAUGCUUUUGGAAAAUUGUGAUUCUUCAUCUUUGAAAAUUUUACAAUCUAUAAUUAAUAAUGAAACAAACUUUAAAGAUACUUUUAAAAAAGAAAAUUCUACUACCCGUAAUUGGUAUCCCGUUAGUAAUUUGUUUUUACAACCUUCCAACCGUGAACUUGAUGUGAAUAAUGUUGAAAAUUUAGAAUUCGAUUCGAAAUCAUCAUCAUUAUUAGUUUGUAAAGAGAGCACUCGACAAAAAACACCGAACGAUAAAAUUGACUCGUUCGUUAAAAAAGAAAGUUUAAAUUCAAUAAAAAAUAAGGAAAAAAGUUCGGCAGAAAAACGUGUUAAUUUGGUCAAUGACAGUUACUUGUCCGAAGACGAAGCCGACACGUUGAAAAUUAAAGAAAUGGUUGUUGGAAAUGUUAAAGUUCAAUUAGAUUUGGAUUUAAACAGCGUCAAAGUUCGUUCCAAAUGGGAUAGUGAUUACGAAGGGGAAAAUAGUGAAAAAGAAGGAGUGAUUCGCACCGAAGUUGAUAUGGAAAUAGCGACUUCGGAAGAAGAUAAUGAUAAUAUAUCAACUGCACCAAAGGAAAUUGAAACACCAAAAAGCGCGGAUGUAAAUCCAAGCAAUCAAAUGUCAGAGUCCGUGCAAGGAGUAAAUUAUAAUCAAUCGUGUAAUGUAUUUAAUGAAGCGAUAGUGAAAAGUGAAACGAUUUUGACGAAUGCGUCAAAUCAAGCAUCGGAAAAUUUAGCAUCCGAAUAUGAAGAAUUUUUAAAAAUGGUUUCGUUCGAUUCAAAUGUGAACGAGAAUACGGACAAAAUUGAAAAGGCCCCCGAGGAAUCCUCACAACCAGAAAAAUUAAAAAUUUCCAAUUCAGAAAUCGAACAAAAUGAAAAGGAAAAUUUCAAAAUACAAGAUACCGAUUGGGAUAAAGAAAGCGAUCACGAGGAAAAACUUAAAACUCAGGUUACUAAUUCGAUUAAAAGUACCGGUUCGGACUUAUUUCUGACGAAUGAAAAUAAUGCAGAAAUAAAAAUAAAAGAAGACAAUAAAAAAGCAGAUGUUGAAAAGGUAAACAAAAAAGAAAAAUUAGAUAAAAUGUCGAACAAGGAAAAAAACCUAAAAUAUGAGUCUACAUCCAGCAGUGAUGAUUCCUCGUCUGAUUUUUACGAAUCCGAAAGCGAAACUGAAUCUGAUAAGAGUAAAACGUCUAAGAAAAAGAAGAAAAAAAUAAAUAAAACGAAGAAAAAAAAUAAAAACGAUUCUUCCACGAGUGAAAGUGAAAGUUCUAGUGAUAGUUAUUACGAAAAUAAAAAAUCUAAGAAAAAAAAGGCAAAAAAGAAAAAACCAAUGAAAAAAAUAAGCUCGUACGCCGACAGCGAUGAUGAAAAAUCAGAUGCAUUUUUAAGACAUUUGAAAUUUAAAAAUGAUUUGCUGUUGAGAAAAAUCGAAGAAACCGAUGCUUUCAUUGAAAAAAAUAAGGGGGAAAAGAAGCAAAAGCGAGACAACGAAAGCAAAUCCGAUGACAAAAAUAGUUUUGAUAAAUUAAACAAAAAUAAAAAAAGUAAAAAAUCUGAAUCGACGUCCAAAGAAAAAUCGAAGAAGAGUUUGAAAUCGGCGAAAAAAAGCAAGAGCACGAAAGGAAGCAGUUCCUCGUCAUCGGAUGAGUCUGAUAGUACCGACUCUUCCGGUAAAUCUCCGAGAAAAAAAGACAAAACGAAGGGGAAAAAGAAACGAAGUACUUCAAAUACCUCCGAUUCCGAUGGUAAAACUGAAACAGAUUACAAAAAACAAAAUUACGUUGGAAAUUUGGAUGAUGUGAAAUAUUUAAAAUCCCUUGAAAACAUUAAUGAAAAAAUUAAAAAAGGGAAGCAAAAUAAAAGGUACGCUUCGUCGGAUUCCGACAGCGAAAGCAGCGCAUCGGAUAAAAACAAAAAACCAAACGACGAAAAAUUUAAAACUAAAAUCACCGAGGACCUGGAUAAGGAAAACGCUUAUAAUUCUGGCUGGAGAGAAAAUUUUUUGUUGCAAGAUUCAUUCGAUAAAAGCAACCGGUUGAAUUUUACCGACAGAGAACCGGGUUGGAAAAGAACGACUCCCGUCAAAGUUUCUAAAAAAAAGAAAAAAAAAGAAUUGAAAGAAGACGAUUGGGAGACCAGUUCGUCUGACGAUUAUUCCGACGCCGAACGUGAGAAUAAAAAAGGUUGGAGCAACGUCGCAUCUUCUGACGUAAAACAAUCGGAUAAAAUGGCGGAAAAUUUUAAUAUUUUCAACGGUAAAGAAAAAUUUAAUUUAUCCGGAUUCGAACAAAGUUUUGACAGUCGCAGUAUCGUUAAUAGUUCCGAAAUACCUGUGCCAUCCGCAUUUGCUGCCAUGAAAAAUUCUCUCUCUAACUUUUCCUUCAACGAAAACAGCUUUUGCAGUUUCGGUCAAGAAUUAUCGAGAGAUUUUUUUCUUACCGAACAAAGCAUUUCAAACGCGACGGAAAUUAGAGAUGAUGGAAAUGUGGUGAGCACCAGUUCGGAAUUGAGACCUUUUCAAUCGGUCGGAAAACAAAAUGAAAUGUCUGUUCAUAGCAAAUCCGAAUUGUACAGUCCCGGUCACAGUUACUCGGAGGCUUCUGAUUUAGAAGAUGGUAAUAAACCUGAAAAACGAACCGUUUCAAAAGACGAAGUUUACGAUCCCCUGAACACCGAUAGUGAAACCUCUGCAGAAAAUGCGGAUGUUGAAUUAAAUAAAAUUCCGUUGCCUCGUAUUACUGACAUUAUACUUCCUGGCGAAACAAGAUUUGCUGAGGAUGUUUGUAAAUUUUCAGCACUUUCCAAUAACAAAUCAACUGCAGAAGACGUCAUUUCGUCGAAUUCCAAACAGUGUUCGUCUCCCGACAAGUCUUUUCCUCAAAGUGACAACGUUAUUCCAUUAUCGACCGUUUUGCUUCAGGAUUCUUAUAAAAGUUCGUUGAAGAAACAAGUUAUUAAUGUAAAACCUCAGCAGAAAUUAAUAUCAAAAGCAGCGUCCGUUUUUCAAGAUGAAUCGGAUGAAGAAAAUGUCGACAUCAAUAAUAAAAAAGGACAGUUGGAAAUCACGUCUCACAAUGAAAUUUUUGAAAAAUCCGAAAAACAAUUAAAAGAAGAUGUUAAUUGCAAACUCCAAAAUGCAGAUCUUUUGAAAUUAGACGACAAAGAGAAGUUAGAGUCUGAAAAAUCUCUCGAGUUAAAUGAAAAAAUUAGAGAAAAAAAUGACAAUUUAUUACGCCAAAGACAAAGAAGUAUUAGUAAAGAAAAAACUGAAACGAGUAGUAGUAGUAGUAGUAGUCAUCGUAAAAGAAAAAAAAGAAGUUUAAGUAAGGAAGACGGCGAUGAUAAAAGUCGCAGAAAAGACAAAGGCUCCGGCAAAGAGAAAAAAAGUCGUAAAAGUUCAAAAAAUCGCAAGAGUAGAACACCAGAGCCUUCUUAUAAAACUAAUAAAAAAGCCGACAAACGAGAGAUUAGAAGUGAUAGCUUUGAAAUAGAACCUUUGAAAGGUUCAUCCGACUAUAAGGACUUGGAGGAAACCGUUCGGCCUAUUCCUGUUUUAACGGGACUGAAUACUUCUUCGGAUUGCCACUUUUGGAAUAAAUCUCAUUUAGUUGGAUAUUCUUCAGUAGAACUAUCAGAUUCUGCCCGGAAUCUUAUUGAUUCUUCCGAAUCAUUCGAUAUAUAUCCUUCUGACGAAGUCAAAUUUAGAAAUAAUAAUUACGAUAAAAUUUCAGCCGAUCAUCAUUAUAAAGAAUCUCAUGAUAAAUUUUCUGGCUCAAAGUCGAAAGAAGAAAGAAGGCGGAAAGAAAGACGGAGUAAAUCAAAAAGUUUAUCACCGAAAAGGAGAAACAGAAGCAGAACGCCAGACAAGAGAAAAAGUCCAAGAGUUCGAAGUCCGAGAAGAAGAUCUCCGAAGCGUAGAGACAGGAGUUCUUAUUCACCUCGAAGAAGGAGUCCCAAAAGGAAAAGUCCGAUGCGACGUUAUCGUUGUUCAAAGAGUCCCGAUCGCAGAAGGAAAUCCAGAUCGCGAAGUCCUAGAAAGCGGAAUUCACAGAGUCUCAGUCCCAAAAGACGUGAUUCUCCGAGAAAAAGAAAUUCUUCGGCUAGAGGAUACAGUCCUAGACGUUCCGUGUCGCCUCGCAACGAAAACCGUUUUUCACAACACUACUCGGAAUCUUUCCGAAACAAAAUAAGCGUCAUCGAAAGGAUGAGCGAAGACUCAAAAGUGAAUUCGAAUUCGACAAGUUUUUCACGCAUGUCGGACGACAUAAUAAACGAAACGGAUAUGAACUUUUACGGACGGGAAUAUCCACCGAGAGAUUUCGGAUAUUCCGAUGAUUUAACCGGCGGUAAUUUAAUAACCGUUAAAAAUCACGAAUUUGAAAAACCCAAUUCUCCCGAGAGACUAAGCCUGGAUCAAAGGAUCGAAUUGGAAUUGGGUGUUUCGAUGGGUUCGAAUUCUCAAGGACCAAACGAUCAGUAUCACAUUUGCAAACAAUUUCAAGACAUCAAUUCGGGUCAUUAUUCAAAUUCUUACAAUUGUGAAAAUAAUCAUUCAGGCGGAAGCGAAUUUUAUCAAAAUCAUCAUCAUCAUCAUCAUCAUCAUCAUCAUCAUCCCGCGUCGGCGAAUUCCGAUUUUAAUUCUCAGUAUUACAACGGACAACAGCAAAACGUCGGGUAUGGGUCUUUCCAGCCUUAUGCUGGAAAUUCUCAGUCGGCGCAAGGUUCGAUGCUUCAGGUCGGAAACAUCGUCGAAGUCAUUCCUUCGGUACAACAAUCUUCGGUUCAAUCAUCACCCAAUAAAAAUACCUGUCAUCAGAUCAUGCAGGUGGGCAAUGUUCUUCAAGUGGUACCUUCUCAAAAACCGGUUCAAGGUUCACCGAUGGCGUUUAAUUCUGCCAAUAAUAGCUUCGGAACUCCUGUAAAUACAUCACCCGUACCUCCUGCCAAGACUCAAAAAGCAACUGCGGUUGUGGCACCAAGUUCGGUUGUUUCCACGCCAAAUCCCGAGGCGAUCAUUAAUCCUUUAAUUAAAGCCAUACAAUUAGAAAGGGAGAAAAGAAAAAAAGAAAAGGAAAAAAGAAAAAUGGAAAGGGAAGCUAGACGGAAAGCUAGGCAGCUAAGGAGGGAAGCUAAAUUGAUGAGCGUUAACGAAAAGUUAAAGAAAAGCGUUCAAGAUGAAGGUUUGAUGUUGGGUCAAGAAGUUGAUGACGACGAACUGAUGGACGGAUUGGAUCUUCCCAGUCCUCCCAUUCCUGUUGAAAUCAUAACCGUGUCAUCUCCGAAUACUCUUCCUCCCGCGGGAAAAGGAAUAUUAAUCACAGCUGGAUUCAUGCCUAAACCGCCGUCGGAAAAAAAAGAAGUCAAAUUCGCCGACGGAAUUUGUCCGGGAGAGGGAACGUCAACGUCGGGAGGAGAAGAAAAUGCUCCGCCGUCUCCGAAGCCGAAAUUACCAAAAGAAAAAAGAUAUAAAAAGAAAAAGACAAAAGUCAAGAAAAAGGUUAAGGUACAAAUAAUUAGGCAAAUUAUCCAGAGCGAAGGAGACGACGAAGAAGAUGAUUUGUCUCCUCCUCCUCCACCUCCCGGAGAUCCACCACCGGUUUUUUUCGCGAGGUUUCCUUUUGUCGGUGACGCACAGUUUCCAGUUUAUCAAAGUCAAACGACAACAACCACAACACUUACAACAGUUCAGUAUCCAGCUCAAACGUUUUAA